CUCUCUUUCAAGUCUAAAAAAAGUAAGAAAAGAAAAGCAUAUACUCCCAAAAGGCCAAAACUAAGCUCUCUUCUUUCUCAUCAAUCCCAAAGCAGAGAUCCUAAGAAAACCCUCACUCAUCUCUCUCUCUCUCUCCCCACAAAUUCUUCUUCUUCUUCUUCUUCUUCUUCUUCAUGUCUGAUGAAAAUAGAGAUCUUCCAUCCCACUAUAACCCUUUCUACCAUGACCAAACAGGAACCACCACUGGAAGCACUUUUCCCUACUUCCUCCACAAUUAUCACUCCACCUACAACAAUCAACAAGUGGGAUUUGAUUUCCCUUCGAAUUACAUCAACUUAACUCAUGAUCAUAAUUCUUCACAUGCCACUUUAGAUCACUACAACUUGUCUUGUUCAUCGUCCGAAGUGAUUUGCCCGAUCGAUGGUGGUGGUUCGAAGAAGAGUGGCGGUGGUACUGUGGCAGAAUCAAGCGAUCAAAAUCCGUUAACGCCGGCGCACUCUUCACUAUCUAACUCCUCUUCCAGUGAAGGAGCAGCUGAAGUAAAAGAUUCUGGAAAGAGCAAGAAAGAUGAUCGUUGUGAAGAAGGAGAUGGCGAUGAUGGCGAAAAGAAUAACAAAGCGAACAAACCGAAGAAGAAAGCAGAGAAGAAGCAAAGGCAGCCAAGAUAUGCAUUCAUGACCAAGAGCGAGAUAGAUAAUCUUGAAGAUGGUUACAGAUGGAGAAAAUACGGACAGAAGGCAGUCAAGAAUAGCCCUUUCCCAAGGAGCUAUUAUAGAUGUACCAGUCAGAAAUGCACAGUGAAGAAAAGGGUAGAAAGAUCAUAUGAGGACCCAUCAACUGUGAUCACCACAUAUGAAGGACAGCACAACCACCACAGCCCGGCGACCCUCCGGGGAAACGCUGCCGGAAUGUUUUUCCCACCUUCCUCUUCCUUCCUCCAGGGAUCGUCAGUGGGGCCUAGCUUUCCUCAAAACCUCCUGUCUCAGAUGCUUCCUGUUAACCUAAAUACUAACCAGCAAGGUGACGAUCACAACCGCCCUAGCUCCAUGUACUAUCAUCAUCAGCAACAGCAGCAGCAGCUUCUUCAAUUUCCAGACUAUGGCUUAUUGCAGGACGUUUUCCCUUCAUUCGCCCGGAAACAGGAGCCUUGAUGAUACCUCUCUCUCUCUCUCUCUCUCUCUCUCUCUCAAUGAAUCUAGUUUUGGAUAUAUGUAUGUGAGUAUGUCUUAGUUCAAGUGAUAGUCUUCUUCGAUUGUCCUGUGUUUCGGAUUUCCGUAAUUCUCAUGCCAGGAACGCCGGAAGGUUGUAGAAUAUGCACAUUUUUCUAAUGUAUCUCUUUUGUUUUCUAA